AGCGCGAAAAAGGAUCAAUUAUUAAUCUGAUUUAAUCCGGCGGGUGGUCAGCGGUGCAAUCUUUAUAAGAACAAGUGUUGGACCUCGCAACUUUUCUUCCCAAACAGACAGAUAAUCAAUCAAGCCAUAUCUACAACAACGAACCUCUUUCACCAACUUAAAACUUCAACCUUUACAAAACUCCCCAUCUGCAAAAAUGGCCUCCCCUCACACCUACCAGUUCGAUGUCACCAUGACCUGCGGCGGCUGCUCUGGCGCCAUUGACCGUGUCCUCAAGAAGCUCGACGGCGUCGAUAGCUACGAGGUUUCCCUCGAGAAACAGACCGCAGUCGUCACCACCAGCCUGCCCUACGAGACCGUCUUGGAGAAGAUCUACAAGACCGGCAAGAAGAUCAACUCUGCCACUGCCGACGGCGUCCCUCAGUCAGUCGAGGUUGCUGCUACUGCGUAAAUAAAGAAAAAAGGUGCAGAGGAGGAAACGAAAUAAGAUGUUGCGAGGCAACUAGGCACACAUGACGGGAUAUUUCGAGCGUCUGUUCUUUAAUGAAAUAAUGAAUCUUUCAAGUUCCAAUUAUAAGCUUCCACGCGGGCUGUGAAGUCGAUACUCUAAUGGGAUCUAAUCGUCGA